UGUAGCACACAUGGGUACAUUACCUGAAGCCCAUUUUUAACGUAUAUCGUGUAUAUUUUGUUCAGGCAUGGCAACAAGGCUAUAACGGCCUCACAUGUAACAUUAUCUGUCUUACUGAAAUGAAAAGUUAUACACUGGCUCAUGAUCACAAUCACGUAAUCGGGGCCUGGCUUAUUGCUGAGGAUUAUGACAUACUUUAUAGUAGAGAGAAACAAUACACUUCUUCAUCAUCAGUCUCGUGGUGACCUGUAAACCAUCGUGACACCUGCCAAAGAAACAUGUUACCUUGCUUGAACAGGUUCGUUUGUAAUAUAUACUUUUAUGUCAAACUAAUAUUUGAAUAAUUGUUAGUUUUAUUUUAGUAUCAAAAUGUGCAAAUUACGAUUCACGUAAAUAGUAUGCCUUCAAAACAUUAUCCAUUCAUGUAAAUAUUAUCACCAAUCAGUUAUGGUCGUUACUAUUAUGACAUUUGAUGUGGUUUUGGAGACUUUGUAUCAGCUUUGACUCGUCAAGACAAGCUGGUACAUGUUAACAACGAUUAUAAUGGAUGUUCGCUCACAGUGCUGCACCAGUGGUUCAGGAUGAAGUUUGAUGUAAUUCUUGAGGAUCACCUUGGACCAUUUGGCACUUUCCAGAAACGGAUCUUUCUUCUUCUGUGUAUGCCUGCAUUAUUUGCCGGUCUACAGUUGUUGAGCCAUGUCUUCACGCUCAAUGUACCUAAACACAGAUGUGCUCUACCCGGGAUCAGUAACGACACUUUUACCAUACAAGGACCUCACCACGAGCUUCUUCUCAACGCCACCAUCCCCUGGACUAUAGAGAAAGGGAUCAGUGUGAGGGACCCCUGUCGCAUCUUCAAAGAAAAUAGUCCGAUGGGUAAGAACAGAUCCGCCCAGGAAUGCCAUGCCUGGGUGUACGACAAGUCCAUUUUCAAGAACACUGAUGUGACAGAGCUGAACAUGGUAUGCAGCAACAGCAGCUUGAGGGCUUUGACUAACAGUAUUCUGUUUGUCGGCCUGCUCUGUGGUUCAAUCAUUUCCGGCAUCAUAUCUGACCUGUAUGGACGCAAACAUGCACUGUUGUCAGCUGUAGCGCUUCACCUUGGCUCGGGCAUAGGAACAGCAUUUUCCCCAAACUUCAUGGCUUUUGUCAUAUUCAGGUUUUUCAAUGGGGCCUCAAGCAUUGCCCUUUUGAUAUCAUCCUUUGUUUUCGUUAUGGAACUCGUUGGUCCCUCCAAACGUACAUUGGCUGGCAUUAUCAACAAGCUCUUCUGGUGUUUGGGCCUGUUCAUGGUUGGAGGUCUCGCAUACCUCAUCCCAGACUGGCACCAUCUUCAACUCGCCAUCUCUGCACCUGUUGUCCUCCUCUUUGGAUUUUACUGUUUCGUUCCCGAGUCUCCAAGAUGGCUGUUGUCAAGAGGUCGUGAGAAGGAGGCAGAGAAGAUUCUGCGACAAGCAGCACACGUGAAUGGAAGUACUCUGCCAGACGUGUUGUUUGACCAGGACACUCUUGAUAAUGGCCCACCAGCUAAGAUUACGGAGAUGUUCAAAUCACCAGUCCUACUUAUUAGAACACUCAUCAUUUUCUUCAACUGGUUUGUGAUCAUCAUGGUGUUCUACGGGCUAGCCCUGAACGUUGACGAUCUUGUCGGUGACAUCUUCCUCAACUACACCAUUGGGAACAUCGCGGAGGUCACGGCCAUCGUCCUGUGUUUGUUUCUACUGGACAAACUAGGAAGAAAAGUUCUUCAUUGUGGAAACAUGUUGUUGGGGGGCACUGCCUGCCUUGCCACCAUCGUCCCCAUAAUGUAUGGAGGUCAAGAAGACGAAUGGAUCACAGCAACCCUGGCCAUGAUUGGAAGGUUUGGAGCAACUGAUUGCAUCAUUUACAUAUUUUCUGCGGAACUGUUUCCAACGGUUGUACGAAACUCCGGAAUCGGCAGCAGCUCCUUUUCAGGACGCGUUGGUGCCAUAAUCUCCCCUCAUAUUGUAAGCCUGGGUGCCGUGGUUGGCGGUGAUUUCAGCAAAGCUGUCCCCCUCGCCGUGUUUGGCUCUCUGAGUGAGGUGGCGGGAAUACUCGCCCUGUGGCUGCCAGAAACGAUGCAUAAAGAGCUACCAGAAAGUAUCAACGAUGCAAAACAUUUUGGGAAUAAGAUGUCCCAUCACAUGGACCACACGGAUGAAUCUAAAGUUCAGGGUGACAACCAAACAUCCAGUGAACAAGGCUAAAUGAUGAAGAGCUGAACAAAGCUUUGUUUCAUACUCAAGUAUUUAAUAAUGUUAAUAUAUUUAAAAUGUAAUCAAUGGUUCAUCUAUAUUGUUAUAAAAGUGUGAACAAUAACACAAUUUCGAGAAACUUGCUAUAUUGUUGCUAUUUGUCCAAUUUCUGUGUGAGCACCUCAUGACAAAAUAUCUCCAUGUUAAUAUGUUUGCUUUUUUAUGAGGUAGCGAUAACAUGUUCCCAUUUUAUGGGGUUUAUUUCAAUUAAUAAAAUCAUUUAUGAUAAU